AUGAGACUUGGUGAGUUUGAAACGGUGGCCUUGAUGGAAGGCUGUAGUGCCAUGUUGAAGAGUAAAAUUCCUUCUAAGUUGAAGGAUCCGAGUAGCUUUACCAUUCCCUGUUCUAUUGGUGGAAGAGAUGUGGGUAGAGCUUUAUGUGAUUUAGGAGCUAGUAUUAACGUAAUGCCUAUGUCUAUUUUCAAGAAGUUGGGAAUUGAAGAAGCAAGGCUAACAACCGUCACUUUGCAAUUGGCGAAUCGUUCUAUGGCUGACCUAGAAGGAAAAAUUGAAGAUGUUCUAGUGCAAGUUGAUAAGUUCAUUUUCCCGGCCGAUUUUAUAAUUCUUGACUAUGAGGCGGAUAGAGAUGUUCCUAUUAUUUUGGGUAGGCCCUUUCUAGCUACCGGGAGGACUUUAAUUGAUGUGCAAAAAGGAGAGCUCACUAUGAGGGUGAAUGACCAACAAGUGACUUUUAAUGUGUUCAAUGCUAUGAAGUUUCCGGAUGAGGUUGAGGAAUGCUCUCUGUUGAGUGUAAUUGAGUCACUUGCAGCUGAAAAGUUCCACCAAGAAGUUUUUAAAGAUGGAAUGGGGGUGAGUUCACUUGAAGAACUUGAAGACUUAAGUGAAGAGGAGGAAACCCAAGUUACAUGGGUAGAAUUACAGCAGCCCUUUACUAAAUUUCGAAGGCCUUUUGAGUCUCUAGACUUGUUAGAAGGGAAUUUCAAGCGUCCUAAGCCCUCUAUUCAAGAGCCACCAAAGUUAGAAUUGAAGCCCUUGCCUAGUCACUUGAAGUAUGCUUAUUUGGGAGAUAACGAGACUUUGCCCGUGAUUAUUUCAACAGUGUUAGGAGCUGAAUAUGAACGUUUUUGCUUGAUGUGUUGA